CAGGUAAGCAUUUACACCAGGAAGGGCGUCCAGUUUCAGCAGUUUCUUUUCAGCGUUACGCUUGGCUGUUGUUGGCGCGUAGAUAACGAAAACAGACCGAAUUCCUGCUUAAGUUGUCGGUCAUUUUUAUUUCAAUAUUCCUUGGCUGUUUUCCUACAAGCAGGACGCUCUACAUCCAGCCAACAUGCUCUUUGUCUUGAUGUGUCUCUGCUUGCACGCGACAGGCCUGCAUGCUUUUUCUGCCAGCAGUCCUGCAAAGACUGUGAUGGUAAAAGAGGGCAGUGGAGCUGAUAUGAAAUGUGAUUACAGUGCUGACUUUGGAGCAUCACCUCGAGUGGAGUGGAAAUUUAAGGAUUUAAAGGGUUCACAGUCCUUUAUCUUCUUUGAUGGACAGAUUACCGCCCAGUACCAAGGACGGUUCACUCAGUAUGCAGGUGGUCUGAGGGUCGAAAAGACAACCAGAAAAGACACUGGAGACUAUACAUGCGAGGUGUCUGGCAACGGUGGCUAUGCAGAUGUUACAAUCAAGCUAACAGUGAUUGUACCUCCCUCAGUGCCUGUCAGCCGAAUCCCUACCUCAGUCACAACAGGCCGGAAUGUUCUGCUGACCUGCUUCGACAAGGACGGCUCUCCUCCAUCCACCUACCGAUGGUACAAAGAUGGCACCCCUCUGCCAGAAGACCCCAGCAAGUUCCCCGCCUUCAAGAACAUGACAUACAAAAUGAAUGCUCAGAAUGGCAACCUGGAGUUUCCCAGUGUGGCCAAGACAGACAGUGGGAAAUAUUUCUGUGAGGCUUCCAAUGAUCAGGGACCUAUUCAGCGUGGAGAGACUGUGUUCAUGGAAGUCAAAGAUGUGAACACAGGAGGCAUCAUUGCUGGGGUCAUUGUAGCCCUUCUAGCCAUUGCGUUGCUUUGCUUUGGCCUGUGGUAUGCUAAUAAGAAGGGAUAUUUACCCAAAAUGUCUGAAAGCAAGCAGAAAUCAGCAGUGUAUACUCAGCCUAGACAGGACUAUGGGGAUGAAGACGAUGGGGAGUUCAAACAGAAGUCAUCAUUUGUGGUGUAGCCUACAUUUUUCACCUGUUCAGCCGUUAAGGAUCUCUCCUGCUCUGCUGAUGUCGUGUGUGUGUGUGUGUGUGUGUGUGUGUGUGUGUGUGUGUGUGUGUGUGUGUGUGUGUGUGUGUGUGUGUGUGUGUGUGUGUGUGUGUGUGUGUGUGUGUGUGUGUGUCCGUGUCCCACUAGCAGUUGCACUGACCCUAAUGCUGAGCCUUGUAUCAGAAAGCUUCAUGAAUAUCCACUGGAUCAUCUCACCUUUAGAACACCUUUUAGAGGGGUAAAACAUAAAUAACAGUUAAGGGUCUGAAUAAACUUUCACUUGCCUUUUACUUUGUUGUUGAAUUUUACCAUUUUAAAAAAGUUUUUUGCUUUUUUCUACCCUGUUGAAAAAUAUUACUGUUUGCCAUCCUUCAGGAAAACAUUGUAUAAAUGUUUGUUAGGUGAUGUAAAGUACAUAUAAUUUGAAUAAGCUUAUUAAAUUUGUAUAGGUUACACUGAUUGACUGGUGGAGUGACGUUAAUGUUGUGUAUCCGCUUGAAUUGUACAUAAGUGUCCUUGUAUGUUUAUGUAGGGAAAACAAGGUACUAAAAUAUUUCCACACUAAUAUCCUGUUUAUCCAUGUGGUCUGUUUUCUUAAUCAAAGGGUUUAGAUUGUACUUUUGUCUUUUUUUUUUUUCUUCUUUUUAUUUCUCUUGUGAAAUGUAAAUAGAUGUUUUGGUUUUGUUUUUUGAUUUAAUUGUAUUUUUUACUACAAUUGUGACACACAGAGCUGUAAAUUGAACAUCUAGAAAUUUCUGAGAAGACAUUGGUUUGAUGUGUCUGACAGCAAAUCCACCUUUUAAAGUGUCUUGGAAAAUGAUUUCUCAAUGGUUCUCUUGAACACUGCACACAAACAAUAUAAAAUGCAUGCAAUAUUUGGUUGUUUUAGUUUUUGUCAUGUUCUGGCUGUAGAAAUUUUUAGGCUUUUUUGGAAUAAAUCUUAACAUUAUUGAUAUAA